AUGGACGUUCGGAAGCCUCCUCCUCGAUCCAUCGUCACCGACCGACGGCUUGGCAGUGCUCAUGACGGCCAAGGCGCAACCUACGGCGAACAACGAGCCCAAGGAAGCAUCUCGGCGGCGGAGGCCGCAUCGGUGGCGCCUUCAAAUCUAAGAACGAUGAACUGCACACCCUACGAAAGACAUGGAUUGCCAUGCGAUUCCUCUCCUAGCUCUCCGACAAAUUGCUCUCAAGGUGGCCUAUCAGCUGCUGGAAAAAGGUUGGCUGAACUUCUAGCCAGGGUAGUUUGUGAGCCUCAGUCCAGGCUACAAAUAGUAGAAAAUCUGCCUGCAUUCACAUGUGAAAAGCCAUGUGAAGUUCAGCUGUUUAGUGUGCUAGAGUUCAGGUUGCAAGACGAGAGACGCAUGAAGAAGCUUAGAAGUUCCCAGCAGCAAGUACACAAUCCCAAGCCUACGCCGGAUCUCCCGGAUUAUCUAAUACCAAGACUAAAGAUGCGAUUCCAAGAUGUAGAGAAAGCAAGGGAACUUUAUAACAGAUACGCCAGACACGCUGGUUUUGGAAUCAGGAAGACGGGGGGUAAUGACAACCACAAGUAUUUUGCUAACAGGAAGCAAAACAAAACAUCGCAGAGGACAGGCUGCAAUGCAAGAAUGAGGGUGAAGGUGCAGGAGGAUAACACAUGCGUGGCAGUGGACAUUGAGUACAAUCAUAAUCACCAACUCAUGCAAACUGAUGACACGCUGGUAUUCUUGCACUCACACAAGAAUUAUGACCCCACUAUUUUGGAGUACGUAAAGCUCCUGCAGUACCAUGAUGUCAAGCACACAACAAUCAUGUCCAUGCUAUUUGAAAAUGAAGAUGGAAGCUACUUCCUAAGCUUGACCGGACGAGACCUACUAAACCAGAAAGCCAUGAAUGCAAGGAAAGAUGAUUUGGAUGAUGUAUUGAAACUUGUUUCAUUCUUCAAAGACAUGAAGGCAAUUAAUGAUGAGUUUUUCUAUGACAUACAAGUAGACAAGGACAAAGACGAAGAUGCAGACUCAUUCAAGUGGUUGUUCGAUACAUUUGUAUGGUGCAUGAACAACAAGCACCCAACUUGCAUUCUAACAGGGGAGUUCACAGCUAUAUUAAACUGGCCGCUGAUGCCAACGGAGUUUGAAACUGCCUGGGCUGAACUCGUACACAAGUACAACCUGGAGAACGACCAGAUGAUGAUGCAGGUGUGGAGUGAUAGGAAAAUGUGGAUUUCAGCAUAUUACAAGAACAUUUUCUGUGCUAGAAUGACUUCCACACAACGAAGCGAGAGCAUGAACCACGUGCUCAAGAAAGGGUUUGUCAAGGGGACCCAGAACCUACACAAGUUUGCUAGGUGGGUAAAUACUUGCAUACAAACUCGGAUGCAGAAGGAGAACGAGCAAACAAUGACCAGCAUGACCAAUCCUGUGACAAAAACAAUUUACGGCUACGAGGAAGACAUGUCUAUCAAGUACACGAGAGCCGUGUACACCGAGAUGAGGACUAGGAUGAGAAAAGCCAUGCUAUUUCGCACAAUGCUUACAGCAGAGCCCACUAAGUACCUUGUGUACUACCACAACAAGCCUGGCCAUGAUGAUGAAGAAAGAUUUUCCUGGUCAAAGCAUGAAUUCCAGGUUGUAGCUGACCCAGAGAAUGAAAUAUACGAGUGUGAAUGCAAGCUUUGGACACACACAGGCCUGUUCUGCCUUCACAUCAUGAACAUACUGGACUACCUGAAGCCUGACAAAUUUUCAAACAAGUAUAUCCUCAAACGGUACACAAAGACUGCAAAAUCACAACCAACCUUUGAUACAAGGGACUACAACACAACUGCAUCGGAUGGCAGCUCAAGACUAUCAAAGCAAGACAUCUUGCUGCAACUGAAUUUGAUGGUUAACUAG